AUGUCUCUUUACCUCAUGUCUCUUUACCUCAUGUCUCUUUACCUCAUGUCUCUUUACCUCAUGUCUCUUUACCUUAUGUCUCUUAUGUCUCUUUACCUCAUGUCUCUUUACCUCAUGUCUCUUAUGUCUCUUUACCUCAUGUCUCUUUACCUCAUGUCUCUUAUGUCUCUUUACCUCAUGUCUCUUUACCUCAUGUCUCUUAUGUCUCUUUACCUCAUGUCUCUUAUGUCUCUUUACCUUAUGUCUCUUUACCUCAUGUCUCUUUACCUCAUGUCUCUUUACCUUAUGUCUCUUUACCUCAUGUCUCUUUACCUCAUGUCUCUUAUGUCUCUUUACCUCAUGUCUCUUUACCUCAUGUCUCUUUACCUCAUGUCUCUUUACCUCAUGUCUCUUUACCUCAUGUCUCUUUACCUCAUGUCUCUUUACCUCAUGUCUCUUUACCUUAUGUCUCUUUACCUCAUGUCUCUUUACCUCAUGUCUCUUUACCUCAUGUCUCUUUACCUCAUGUCUCUUAUGUCUCUUUACCUCAUGUCUCUUAUGUCUCUUUACCUCAUGUCUCUUUACCUCAUGUCUCUUAUGUCUCUUUACCUUAUGUCUCUUAUGUCUCUUUACCUUAUGUCUCUUUACCUUAUGUCUCUUUACCUCAUGUCUCUUAUGUCUCUUUACCUUAUGUCUCUUAUGUCUCUUUACCUUAUGUCUCUUAUGUCUCUUUACCUUAUGUCUCUUAUGUCUCUUUACCUUAUGUCUCUUUACCUUAUGUCUCUUUACCUCAUGUCUCUUAUGUCUCUUUACCUUAUGUCUCUUAUGUCUCUUUACCUUAUGUCUCUUUACCUCAUGUCUCUUUACCUCAUGUCUCUUUACCUCAUGUCUCUUAUGUCUCUUUACCUUAUGUCUCUUAUGUCUCUUUACCUUAUGUCUCUUAUGUCUCUUUACCUUAUGUCUCUUAUGUCUCUUUACCUUAUGUCUCUUUACCUUAUGUCUCUUUACCUCAUGUCUCUUAUGUCUCUUUACCUCAUGUCUCUUAUGUCUCUUUACCUUAUGUCUCUUAUGUCUCUUUACCUUAUGUCUCUUAUGUCUCUUUACCUUAUGUCUCUUAUGUCUCUUUACCUCAUGUCUCUUUACCUCAUGUCUCUUAUGUCUCUUUACCUUAUGUCUCUUAUGUCUCUUUACCUUAUGUCUCUUUACCUUAUGUCUCUUUACCUUAUGUCUCUUUACCUCAUGUCUCUUUACCUUAUGUCUCUUUACCUUAUGUCUCUUUACCUCAUGUCUCUUUACCUCAUGUCUCUUUACCUCAUGUCUCUUUACCUCAUGUCUCUUUACCUCAUGUCUCUUUACCUCAUGUCUCUUAUGUCUCUUUACCUUAUGUCUCUUAUGUCUCUUUACCUUAUGUCUCUUUACCUCAUGUUUCUUUACCUCAUGUCUCUUAUGUCUCUUUACCUUAUGUCUCUUUACCUCAUGUCUCUUUACCUCAUGUCUCUUUACCUCAUGUCUCUUUACCUCAUGUCUCUUUACCUCAUGUCUCUUUACCUCAUGUCUCUUUACCUUAUGUCUCUUAUGUCUCUUUACCUCAUGUCUCUUUACCUUAUGUCUCUUUACCUCAUGUCUCUUUACCUUAUGUCUCUUUACCUCAUGUCUCUUUACCUCAUGUCUCUUUACCUCAUGUCUCUUUACCUCAUGUCUCUUUACCUCAUGUCUCUUUACCUCAUGUCUCUUUACCUCAUGUUUCUUUACCUCAUGUCUCUUAUGUCUCUUUACCUUAUGUCUCUUUACCUCAUGUCUCUUUACCUUAUGUCUCUUUACCUUAUGUCUCUUUACCUUAUGUCUCUUAUGUCUCUUUACCUCAUGUCUCUUUACCUUAUGUCUCUUUACCUCAUGUCUCUUAUGUCUCUUUACCUCAUGUUUCUUUACCUCAUGUCUCUUAUGUCUCUUUACCUCAUGUCUCUUUACCUUAUGUCUCUUUACCUCAUGUCUCUUUACCUUAUGUCUCUUUACCUCAUGUCUCUUUACCUCAUGUCUCUUUACCUCAUGUCUCUUUACCUCAUGUCUCUUUACCUCAUGUCUCUUUACCUCAUGUUUCUUUACCUCAUGUCUCUUAUGUCUCUUUACCUUAUGUCUCUUUACCUCAUGUCUCUUUACCUUAUGUCUCUUUACCUUAUGUCUCUUUACCUCAUGUCUCUUAUGUCUCUUUACCUCAUGUCUCUUUACCUCAUGUCUCUUUACCUCAUGUCUCUUUACCUCAUGUCUCUUUACCUCAUGUCUCUUAUGUCUCUUUACCUUAUGUCUCUUAUGUCUCUUUACCUUAUGUCUCUUUACCUCAUGUUUCUUUACCUCAUGUCUCUUAUGUCUCUUUACCUUAUGUCUCUUUACCUCAUGUCUCUUUACCUCAUGUCUCUUUACCUCAUGUCUCUUUACCUUAUGUCUCUUUACCUCAUGUCUCUUUACCUUAUGUCUCUUUACCUCAUGUCUCUUUACCUCAUGUCUCUUAUGUCUCUUUACCUUAUGUCUCUUUACCUCAUGUCUCUUUACCUCAUGUCUCUUUACCUCAUGUCUCUUUACCUCAUGUCUCUUUACCUUAUGUCUCUUUACCUCCCCCAUUUUGUGAUGGUUUUUUGGUUUGUGGUUUUGUUUGGGAGGGGGGGUGGGUGGGGGGGGGGGGUUGGGGGGGGGUUGGGGGGGGGGUGGGGGGUGGGUGGGGGGUGGGGUGGGGGUGGUUGGGUUUGGGGGGGGGGGGGUGGGGUGGGUGGGGGUGGGUGGGGGGGGGUGGGGGUUAGGGGUGGGUGGGGGUGGGGGGUGGGAGGGAUGUGGGGGGGGGGUGGGGGUGGGGGGGGUUGUGGGGGGAUGGGGGGUUGGGGGGGGGUGGUGGGGGGGGUGGGGGGGGUGGUGGGGGGGGGGGGGGUGGGGUGGGGGGGUGGUGGGGGGGGGGGGUGGUGGGGGGGGGUGGUGGGGGGGGGGUUGGGGUGGGGGGGGGUGGGUUGGGGGGGGGGUGGGUGGGGGGGGGUGGUGGGGGGGGGGGUGGUGGGGGGGGGUGGUGGUGGGGUGUGGGGGGGUGGUUUGGUGGGGUGGUGGGGGGGGGUGUGGGGGGUGGGGGUUGGGGGGGGGGGUGGUGGGGGGGUGGGGUGGGGGGGUGGGUGGGGGGGUUGGUGGUGUGGGUGGGGGGGGUGGGUGGGGGGGUGGUGGGGGGUUUGGGUGUGUUGGGUGGGUGGGGUGUGUUUGGGGGUGUGUGGGGGGGGGGGGGUUUGUUGUGGGGUGGGUGGUGUUUUUGUUGGUUUUUGGGGGUUUGUGUGGGUGUGUUGUGGGUUUUGUUGGGGUGGUGUUUGUGGGGGUGGGUGGUGUUUGGUUGUGGGGUUGUUUGUUGGGGGGGGGGGGUUGUGGGGGUUUGUUUUUUUUUGUGGUUUGGGGGGUUGUGUGUUGGUUGGUUGUGGUGUGGGGUGUUUUGUUGUGUUGGGGUGGGGGUUUUGGUUGUGGUUGGGGUUGUUUGGUAGUGGUGUGGGGUUUUUUUAUGGUUUGGAGUGGGGGUUUGUUGUGGGGGGUGUAGGGUGUUGGUUGGGGUAUGGGGGUUGUUGUGGGAGUGGUUGGGGUGUGGGGGGAGGGUUGGGUGUGUGUGGUGUGGGGGUUGGUUUGUUUUGGGUGGUUUUUUUUUGGUGGUGGUGGUGUGUUGUGUGUUUGGGUGGGGUGUGGAGUGGGUGGGGGGGGGUGGGAUUAGGGGAUUGGGGUGUUGGGGGAGGGGAGGAAUGGGGGGGGAUGGGUGGGGGGGGGGGUUUAGUUGGGGGUGUGGGUAUUUAUUUGUGGAUGGGGGGUGUUGGGGUGUAUUAUUAUUUUUGGUGGUGGUGGGUUUGUGUUGUGGUGGGAUGUAGGGGGGGGGAGGGUGUUUGGGGUGUGGUGUGGGUUGGGGGGAAAGGGGGGUUGUUGUUUUGGGGUGUGGAGGGUGUGGAUGGUGGGGGAUGGGGAUGGGGUUUUUUAGGGUGGGAGAGGGGUGGUGGGGGUGGAUUUGGUAGGAUGGUAUGGAGUGAAUGGAGGAUAUAUGGGGUUGUGUUGGGGGGAGUGGAAGGGGUUGGGUGGGAGGUAUUUGGGUGGGUUGGGGUAGGGGGGGUGAGGGUUGGUUGGGGGUGUGGGGGGGGGGGUUGUUGGUUGUGGGUGUUUGUUGGUUGGGUUUGGUGGUGUGGUGUUUUGUUUUUGGGGGGUUUUUUGUUGGUGGGGGGAGGUGGGGGGUGGUGGGGUUUGGUUGAUGUGUGGUGGGGUGUUGGGGGGGGUGUUGUUUGGUUGUUUGUGGUGGGGGUUGGGUGGUUUGUGGUGUUGUUUGUGGGGUGUGUGGGUUGUGGUAGGGGUUGGGGGGUGGGUGUAAGUAGGGUGUGGUGUGGGGGUUGUUGUGGGGGGGGGGGGUUAAUGGGUUUUGUUGUGUUUUUGAGGGGGUGUUGGGGGGGUGGGGGGGUGGGGGGUGUGUGUGUUGUUGUGGGGUGGGUGGGGGUGGGGGGGGGGGGGUGGGGGGGUUUUGUUGUGUGGUGGUGUGUGGGGGGGGUUGUGUGUGGUUGGGGUGGUUGUGUGGGGUUGUGUGUGGGGUUGUUAUUGGUUUUUUGUGGUGGUGGGGGGGUUUGUUGUGGGUGGUGUUUUGGUUAUGUGUUGGGUGGGGGUUUGGUUUGGGUGGUGGGUGUGGGGGGGUGUUGGUUGUGGGUUGGUGUAGGUGGGGGGUGGGUUUGGGUUGGGUUGGUGGGGGUUUGUUGGGUUGUUGUGUGGGGGGUGGUUGUGGUUGUGUGGGUGGGUGGGGGGGGGGUGUGUUGUGGUGGUGGUGUUUUGUGUGUGUGUGUGGUUUGUGGUGUGUGUGUGGGUGUGUUGGUGUGUGUGUGUGUGUGGGUUUGUGUUUUGGUUUGUGGUGUGUGUGUGUGGGUGUGGUGUUGUGUGUUUGUUUGGUGUGUGUGUGUGGGUUUGUUUUUAUGUGUGUGUGUUGAUGUUUGGGUUGUGUUUGUUUGGUGUGUGUUUGUUGUGUGUGUUUGGUGUUGGGUGUGUUUGUUUUGUUGUUUUGUUGUUGUGAGGUGUGUUGUGUGUGUGUGUGGUGUGUGGUUGUUGUGUGGUGUGUGUUGUGUUUGGGUGUGA